AUGAUUAAUUUUAAAGCCCUCUGCUUAUCACUUCAGCUAGCCAAGUCCAUAAAAAUUUCACCGUCGACCAAACCCAGCCAACAGGAAGAGCCCAUCCCAGAAGAAAUCCAACAAAAUAACAUGGGAAAGAAAUCGGAGAAGUACAACGUGCUGAUGGUGUGCGUGGGUAAUAUUUGUCGCUCCCCCAUUGCCGAGGCUGUGAUGCGUGACGUCAUCAGUAGGGAGGGUGUGCAGAAGGAGUGGCACGUGGAGAGCGCCGGCAUAGAGGGUUGGCACUCCGGCUGCCUACCAGAUGAACGAGCCCUGAAGGUCCUGGCCAGACAUAACAUUAAAUACCACAACUGCGCCAGAGUCGUGAACAUUGAUGAUUUUUUCAAAUUCGACUAUAUCUUUGGCAUGGAUCGAAGCAACUUGGCGGCCUUGAAAAGGAUAGCUCCAAGUUAUGGAACGGCCAGGGUGUUCCUCUUGGGGGAUUUUGGGCUUAAGCCGGACGAACGCAUCAUCGAGGAUCCCUAUUAUAGUCUGGGAGAGGAACCUUUUGAAAAAAUCUAUCAGAAGUGCGUGGUGGCUUGUGAGAGCUUUUUAAAACAAGCGCGCCAGAACGACAUCUUGUAAAAGCCAAGCGGCCAGUUAAGGGUUAAGUCAGCUGGUAGGCAACAGCUGAUUGCCCGCGUUGCCAACUAACCGAUAUAUCAGGGCUACAGUUUUGGAACUUGCG